AUGAUGAUGAUGAAGAUGAGACAUCAGUGUGGCUUCGUCCUGCUGACUCUGGCCGUCCUCGCCGCUGCCAGGCCCAAAGCAGGUCCGGAGCAGAAAUGUAAGUCCGGUCCGGUGGAUCUGGUCUUCCUCAUCGACAGCUCCCGCAGCGUGAGGCCUCACGAGUUUGAGACCAUGAGGAAGUUCAUGAUCGACAUCCUCAGCACGCUGGACAUCGGCCUCAACGCCACCAGAGUGGGAGUGGUUCAGUACUCCAGCCAGGUCCGCAGUGAGUUCUCCCUGAAGAGCCACGCUCAGCUGGACGCCAUGGUGAAAGGCAUCAAUCAGAUCAUCCCGCUGGCUCAGGGAACCAUGACGGGACUCGCCAUCAAAUACGUGAUGAACUCAGCUUUCACCGCCGAGGAGGGAGACAGGCCCAAGGUCCCCAACGUGGUCGUGAUCGUGACGGACGGACGUCCUCAGGACCGCGUGGCAGAGGUGGCGGCCGAGGCCAGAGAGAAAGGCCUGGAGAUCUACGCCGUGGGCGUGGCCAGAGCCGACAUGGCGUCGCUGAGGGCCAUGGCGUCCCCGCCCUUCGAGGACCACGUCUUCCUGGUGGAGUCCUUCGACCUCAUUCACCAGUUUGGACUGCAGUUCCAGGACAAGCUCUGUGGUAUGGACCUGUGUCUGGAGUCGGACCACGGCUGUGAGCACGUCUGUGAGAUCCCGGGUUCCUUCCACUGCCUCUGUCUGCCCGGAUACUCUCUGAAUGACGACGGGAAAACCUGUGCAGCCAUCGACCUGUGUGCUGAGGAGAAACACGACUGUGAACAGAUCUGCAUCAGCUCACCUGGUUCUUUCAGCUGCGACUGCAACAAAGGAUUCAAACUGAACGAGGACAAGAAGAGCUGCUCAAUGAUCGACUACUGUUCGUUUGGGAACCACAGUUGUGAUCACGAGUGUGUGAGCGUGCUCAGUGGCUAUCACUGCCGCUGUAACCAUGGAUACAGGCUGCAGGACGACGGCAAGAGCUGCCAGGCCAUCGACCUGUGUGCUGAGGGGAAACACGACUGUGAACAGAUCUGUCUCAGCGCUCCGGGCGUCUUCAGCUGCGACUGCAACAAAGGAUUCAAACUGAACAAAGACAAGAAGAGCUGCUCACCCAUCGACCUGUGUGCUGAGGGGAAACACGACUGUGAACAGAUCUGUCUCAGCGCUCCGGGCGUCUUCAGCUGCGACUGCAACAAAGGAUUCAAACUGAACAAAGACAAGAAGAGCUGCACGAACAUGGACCUGUGUAACACUGUGGAGCACGGCUGUGAGCAUCAGUGUGUCAGCGCUCCAGGAUCCUUCUACUGCGUCUGUCCGGAGGGACGGCUGCUGCAGGACGACGGCAAGAGCUGUGGAACCUGUAAGUCUGCAAACAUCGACCUGGUUCUUCUGAUCGACGGCUCCAAGAGCGUUCGCCCACAAAACUUUGAGCUGGUCAAGAAGUUUGUGAACCAGGUGGUGGACUCUCUGGACGUGUCGACUCACGGAACCAGAGUGGGUCUGGUCCAGUACUCCAGUCGGGUCCGGACUGAGUUCCCUCUGAACAUGUACCACACCGCUGAGGAGAUCAAAGCUGCCGUCAUGAAGGUGGACUACAUGGAGAAAGGCACCAUGACGGGUCUGGCCCUGAAACACUUGGUGGAGAACAGCUUCUCAGAGGCCGAGGGCGCUCGACCCGCCGGCCGCAACAUCCCCCGCAUCGGCCUGGUGUUCACGGACGGACGCUCGCAGGACGACAUCACCGAGUUCGCCAAGAAGGCCAAAGAAGCCGGUAUCACCAUGUACGCGGUGGGCGUCGGGAAAGCUGUGGAGGACGAGCUCCGUGAGAUCGCCUCGGAGCCUGUGGAGAAACAUUUCUACUACACCAGCGACUUCACGGCCAUCAGCACCAUCGGAGAGAACCUCAAACUCAACGUGUGUCCAGCGGAGAGUCAGGGUGAGAUCGAGGUGAAGGACCCGUGUGCCUGUGAGAGUCUGGUGGAGUUCCAGCAGGCCACCAUGAGCAGCCUGGAGCAGCUCACACAGAAACUGUCGGGGGUGAUGGCUCGUCUGGAGCAGCUGGAGAACCAGCUCCUCUCCAGGAAGUGA